AUGACGAAUUACUUAAUGAUAACAGGCAAAAUCACGCAUGUGUUGGCCAUGGAAAUUACUAUUGCUGACGUUAUAACAGUUGUUAUGGGUUGGAAAUUGUUAAAUAUUCUUCUUCGUCCUUCGCAGAAUGGUGCAGGUCCAAGCAGCGUCGACGUGACACAAACGUCGAAACCUGAUGUAAACGCAACAACUAGUGCAACAGUAGGCGACAACAUGGCAUCACAGAAUGGUGCAGCAGCAAGUCCAAGCCACGUCGACGUCGUCCAAACGUCGAAACCUGAUGUAAGCGCAGCAACUAGUGUAACCGUAGGCGACAACAUGGACCAUGCGGCAGGAACUACCCCAACUUCAAAUGAGGAAUCAGAAACUGCAGCAGAUACAAUAUCAGAGGCCAACCAGUUAAUUCAAUCUACUAAAAGUAUUACACAAGUGCUAUUAGAAAAUCCAGUCAACGUCGAAGUCACACAAACGUCGAAACCUGAUGUAAGCGGAGCAACUAGUGUAACAGUGGACGAUAACAUGGCAUCAAAGAAUGGUGCGGCAGCAAGUCGAAGCAACGUCAAAGUCACACAAGCGUCUGAAAUGGAUGUAAGCGGAGCAACUAGUGUAACCGUAGGCGGCAACAUAGGGUCGCAGAAUGAUCCAGCGGCAACUCCAAGCAACGUCGAAGGCACACAAACGUCCGAAACGGGUGUUAACAUAGCAACUAGUAUAACAGUAGGCGACAACACAGGUGGGUAGCAAAUAUUUUCUUCCCCGCAAGGUUUGUUCUUUAUGUUUUCGAAAAAUACAGUUUUACUACUGUCCAAAAGCCAUAACGUUUUCCAACUAUUUGAAUUAAUUAAACCGUGAAAUUAAUGUAUUUGCAUAUUUUCUACGUUCACAGCAUCGCACAAUGGUGCAACAGCAAGUCCGAGCAACGUCGAUGCCACACAAACGUCGAAACCUGAUGUAAACGGAGCAACUAGUGUAACCGUAGGCGACAACAUGGGUGAGUAGCAAAUACUUCUUCAGGUAAUCAUAUUACAUAGCAAGUUUAUAU